AUGUUACGCAUUCUAAUUAUUACUGGAAUACUUUUCCGUAUUAUCUUAGCUGUAGAAAAUUCAACUGAAACAUUAAUUGAUCUUUAUAAUAAAAUUAAUAAAUCUGGAUCACUUUUAAAAGCAACAUCAUUUGAUAUUAAUACACAAAUAAAACUUAAACAUAUCAAUACUGUUCGAAUGGUUUCAUAUAAAGUUCCAAAUAAUAGAAUUUCAUUUGGUAUUCGAAUAAAAAAGAAUCUUAAUGAACAAAUAGCAUUAAUUGAAUUACGAUGUAAUAUAUCAUCUAUUUAUGUUCGAUUAGGAAAAUAUGGUCAGCAUCGAAAAUAUCGUUUACCAUUAAUAUCAACUUCAUCAAAUUCAAUUCAAUCCUAUGAUCUUACUCAUUUUUUAAAUAAUCAUCAUCAACGAUUUAUUUAUAUAAUCUUACCAAAUUUAGUUGAACAACAAAAUAUUUCUCUUUUCUAUUAUUCUAAAUCAAAUAAAAAUUUAUUUUCAUUUUCACCAACAAAACAUAUUCAACGACGUUUUCGACGAACAAUAUUACCAACUAAUCCAAGUGUAACAUGUGCUAAACAUGAAUAUGAAAUUGAUUUUAAUCAAUUUUCAUUUGGUAAAUGGAUAUUACAACCAAAACGUUUUAAUGCAUAUACAUGUUCUGGUUCAUGUCCAAAUCCAUUAUCUCCACAAUAUUAUCCAUCAAAUCAUGCUAUAUUACUUAGCCUUAUACGUUCACAAAAACAACAUGAACAACAAGCUCUAUGUGUACCCGUACGAUUAAAACCAUUAUGUUUACUUUAUUAUGAUCGUGAUGAACUUGUUAUUAAAUAUCAUCGAGAUAUGAUUGUACAAGAAUGUGGAUGUAGAUAA